AUGGAAGUUCUUGAUGCUCGUGUGGAGGAGGUCCUCGGAUAUACUGAUGCUGGUGCGACAAAGUACGUGUAUCUCCAAGCUCUUACUCGUUUUAUCAAGUGGCUUUACGAGACAUCAGAUGAGGACCGCCGCCAGUCACUUUUCGCGACCUCGUUUUGUGACAUCGAGACGAUUAAUGCAGACACAAUUGCGGAGUGGUUUGCCAGGUCUCCUGUAGUGAGUCCAAUAGACUUAAGCACGCUAACAACGCAAGAGUGCAUGCGCUACCUCACUUCGAUGGAACAACGUGGUGUGACUGGGAAGUCUAUCUUUGGCAUUGUGCGAUCGGCUAUUGUUUAUCUUUACAACACAACAGGCAAUUCUCUGCCCAGAUGA